UGCAUGGUGAGACACUAACGUUUACAGGUUACCAAAUACCUCUAUGUGUGUCUGCGUGUGUGUGUGAGGGGGUGUGGCCGCGCUUGGUCGUCAUCGGUUAAGCUAUUGUGUGUGUGUUGCUAUGACAAGUCAAAUCUAUGUGAGGCCUUUACACCUGUUGAGUGAACUCUUCAUCUCUCUCUCCUGAUUGGCUGCUCCAACACUAACAGAGUCCAUCCUACAUGUGGGUUCUUUUCUUGUCCGCUGUCACCUGCUAUUUCAUUUUGCCACUUCUGCCAGGACCAGAAGGAUCUAGACUGGAUAGAUCAGAGUGCACGUGUGGAUGACUUGUGUUUUUCUCUUUUCACCAUGAGUCUCAAAAACAGGAGAUUCUCCCUGGACAGUUCUCUCAACCUGGACGGAACUGGAGUCUUCGGUUUGAGAAGAAGCAGCUUGGCCAAAUUCAGCAACAGGAAGUCCAGGCAGAGUCACAGUCUGGACGAGGCUCGACUGGGCAUCAAGGAGUUUCAUCAGAGCCUCACCUCCAACACUUCAGUCAGGCGCAGGCAGGGGGCGAUCGCCGAGGAGAACCACGAGAGCUCGUACGAAGUGAACAGCACCAGCUUCCAGAAACACAAUAAAAGCUUCCACAAGCUGUUCCCAGAGAUUCCCGAGGGGGAAAACCUGACACACGUGUUCACCUGUGCGUUGCAGAAGGAGGUGCUCUAUCACGGGAAACUCUACGUCUCCAAGAACCGUUUGUGUUUCCAUUCCUCUGUGCUGCUCAAGGACACUAAGGUUGUUAUUUCAGUGUCCAGUGUCACAGAGGUGAAGAAACACAACUCAGCUCUGUCCAUGCUGUCUGUCCACACUGCUGAUGGAGACAAGUACUCCUUUGUGUCAUUGAGGAGUCGUAAGAUGUGCUACAAACUUCUCCAAAGUGUCUGCUUGUACGCACAGCAGGGGGAGAGUCCCGGUGUCAGCCCGCAGCACUCCUCUGCAGACAAUGAAGCAGGUCAUGACGGGAUGUCCAGUUACUCCAGCCUGGAGGACAGCUUCGACCAAGACCAGGGAGGACAUGUGGACCUGGAGGAAAGUUUACCCAAGUCAUCCAGUGAUGAUACUUUAAAAUUCGGUUCCAGUCAUCAGAGCAGCCAAGGUGGAUCUUGGAUCUGGAGCCUUAGGGAAAAACUAACUUCAUUUUUCCACCUCGGAGAGAUGAGGCAUUUCAGCGCCCUCUUCUUCAUCUAUAUUAUACUAAUCCUGUUCCUCCUCCUGGCGUCUGGCUACAUCGGCCUGAAGAUCAGCGCUCUGGAGGAGCAGCUCAGCUCUUUGGAGGCUCUGACUGAGAUGACAUAGAUCACACAGAAUACCGAGAAACAUAACACCAU